GGACCUGCCAUCCGAUAGCGGUGUGGUCGAUUGCCAUCUCACUCAUUCCGAGGAGUGGGUGAUACAGACAGGAGGAGGACGCGCGCUACCAGCCAUGAUGAGGCUGCCGCAAGGGAGAAGCGACCACAAGGUGGGCGUGCCAUCGCAGCCAUGUGUGUCCACAGCUUACCCACCCACCCACUGGCUGGCUUUGUGUUGGUGGCUUGGCAGCACGGAGCGCACAGCUCGGCGGCGCCUCGGAUACGCACCAUGGAGGCACUGGUGAGGGAGAGAGUCACAGGGGAGGGAUCAGAGAGGGAGCGAGGGAAGGUAGACGCAGACAGACAGACAAACAGACGGGCAAGGUGGGCAAGGCACCAAGCGUCGCAUCAUCAUCGCUUGUGUUGGUGUAUGUGUGUCUGUCUGUCUGUCCGUCUGUGGUGUGUUGUGUCUGUGUCUGUGGUGUGAUCCAUCCGUCCGUUUGUCCGUCCGUCGUCAGCGUCAGAAUGACGACCCGACAUCUCGUACGUAUGCCAAGUGGCAGUCGAUGAUGGACCGGGACAUCAGCUUCUUCAUGUCCAAACACCACUCAACUUUCAUCCGACGAUUCAAACGGUCAGUCAGUCAGUCAGUCAGUCACGGGAUGGGUGGGUGGACGGACGGAGCAGCCACACGCACCACCCGCCACAUGCUUUGCUCUCUGUGUGCGUGUGCGUACGUCGGUCGGUAUGACUGCAUUCAGAGGUGUGCCACAGGCGUUUCGUUGGGAGGUGUGGAAGGCUGCGACGGACUACACGGCCAAGUACCAGAAGGACGUGUACGCCACCCUCCACAACGAGACCAACAAAUACACCUCACUCAUCACCAUCGACACACCAAGGUCGGUCAGUCAGCCAGGGAAUGGGGCAGGGAGGGUAACACUCGAUAUCCAUGUGUGUAUGCAUUUGUGUGGCUGCCGGUCGUCCUGCAGGACCUUCCCCGAGUUGAAAGAGUUCGAUGCACGGUCGCAGCGAACACUAUUCAGAAUACUGGUGAGUGAGUGAGUGAGUGGGAAAAGAACUGACUGCUGGCUGGCCAAACGGGUCCCUCAGUCUCGCUCCCUCCUCCAUGUGUCACAUGGUGUGUGUACGGUCAGAAUGCGUAUGCGAAUCAUAUGCCUGAAGUGGGCUACUGCCAGGGCAUGAACUUCAUCGCAGGUACUUACUUGCCACACACACACACACACACUGCACCUUUGUGACCACGGUUGCUUGACGUAUCCACGUUGUUUUGCUCAUGCAUGGUAAACCUACAGGUUUUUUGUUGAUAGUGAGUGAUUUUCGUGAGGAGGAGGCGUUUUGGGUGUUUGUGUGUCUGAUGGACUUCUACGACCUCAACUUCUUCUUCCGAGAGAAAUUCCCACUACUCAGACGAUACCUCAAGGGUAUGUGUGCACACACGGCCGACCACACUCCUCACCCAUUUACCGCUGUGUAUGUGUUGAUGUGCGUGUGUGCAGCAUUUGAGAGUCUGGCUGAGCUGCACAUCCCCGACAUCCACCAGCACUUCCUCAAUGAAGGCCUCCUGCCAGCCGUCUACCUACACCAAUGGUACCCAUCCAUCGUCUUACGCACCCAAUCGGGGUAUACACACAUCGUGACUGACUGACGGAUGUCGCUCUGGGGGUGCGGUGCAGGUUUCUGACCUUGUUCAUCAAUUGCUUGCCGAUGUGCACUGUGCUGGUGCUGUGGGACUACAUCAUAUGCGAGGGGCUGCCCGCCAUACUCAACAUAUCACUCGCACUUCUCAAGGUCAGUCAACCACACUACACAACCUGGUCGACUGACUGACUGACUGGUUGGCUGCAGGUGUUGCGGAAUGCGCUGGUGACAUUGCGGUUUGAGGAGAUCGUUCGGUUCCUCAAGUCGAUGCGGGCGGGGGGCGACUGCGAUGAGGUCAUGAUCGGCAGGCUGCUCGUGCGACAAGCCGAGAAGAUCGAAAUCCAACAGACCCUGUACGAGGUAGGUAGAUGACAGGAGGCAGGCCGUCAUGGUGCAUCCAUGGGUCUGUCCUCGUACUGACUGAUUGGGUCAUUGGUUCUCAUGCAAUGCAUUGCAGCAUUUGGUGCAUUUCGACGAGGCUGAGUUGCUGCGUCAGGCCCAAGAGGAGGAUGAGGAGAGCUUGGCGUCGGCCAUCAGCAGCCGGCGUGAGGGCUCGACUACCACGGCCAACGUCUCGGCCACCCCCUCAUCCACCAGCCCCCCGGCGUCCCUCCACCCCUCGCCCAGCGCCCCAUCUAUAUCGAUAGCCAUAGCGCCCCCGCCCCCCCUGCCGCCACACAUGACGAGCGAGACGGACAUCAAGGCAAGGGCCAGGGCUGGCAGCAGGCCACUCGUCGACCUCGGCAGCAGGCAAAGCAUACGAGUCGAAUUCACGCCUUCAGCCGGUGAGUGAGCACACGGCAUGCACUGUACGGCAGGCAGGGUUGUGUCACCGUGUGUGUUGUUCUCACCGUGUGUGCCAUGCAUUCAGAGGCGACUGAGUUGGAUCCAGCGCUGCUUUUCAUUGCAGACGAAAAGGGUGACACACGCACACCAACACCAACACGAGACGAUUGAUGCCCAUGUUGUGCAGUGCACCAGCCAGCCCCCUGUUCUGUCUGCUAUGUGGACAGAUUCCAACCGCGACAGUGACGAUGAAGGAUCGUCCGGCCCGUCAUCUUCCCGCAGGCGCCCCUCCCCCUCACGCAGCAUCGCCGACAACACACACACGUCGGCCGCUCGCGCCCCCUCCAUGCCCCCUCCCUCCCGGGCACGGGACGACUCCCACCAUGCGCCCAGCGACGCCAGCUCAGACCCUGUCUCAUUGCCCAACUCACCAGCACUCGAGGUCUUUGUCCACAAGGGGCUGGCCAAAGGGGACCACCACACACGUACGUAAGGCAGAGGCCAAGUGCGUUUCAUUCAAAUGAGUGAGGAGUCGGAUCACAGGCCUGCCUGCCUGCCUUUCGUCUGUUGUGUGUUGUGUCAGUUGAUGCUGGGUCUCCUGGUGCGGUGGACCUACCCAGCGACUCGUCCGGGGCGUAUGACGCCUCUGGGGUGCCUUGGGGAGGCGGGAUUGAGCACUGGCUGCACUGGGGCAAGAACAGGAUAUCCAGCUACAUGGAGGAUGUGCAGCAGAGGCUGCAACCGGCACAGGCUGCUGAUGGAUCAUCCCUGGGCGAUAGUGCACCGGCUGCCCUGUCCACCCGCACUCCUGCUCCUGGCAGGCCCGGUGACGCACAGCGGCAGCAGCAGCAGCAGCAGCGGCAGUGGCAUGAGCGAGAGGCGACAUCUGCACCGGAGGGCGGACAUGAAUUGGACGGGAUGGGGCAGGUCAGCCAAGGGACAGAAAGGAAAGAAAGACGCCACGCCCACAAAUGGCCGUCCGUCCGGCAAGUGGUGUGUGGAUUGGAUUGGCGACCUUGCAGGCGGCAGAUGGCGUAUCUCACCACAGGCAUCAGUGGACUCAUGGCGGCAGCCCGAGGUAGUCCUUUAACACAUCUUGUCUGAUGUCCAUGUGUGUAUGAAUGUGGGCUUGUGUGUGGUGCAUGCAGGCACCAGUGGCGGCGCGUCAAUCUGCGGGGCGCAACAUCUGACGACUUCAGAAACGAAAACGUAAUAGGUACACAUACACAUACACAUACAUGCAACAUACACAUCCGGACACCCAGCCGGCAUUGUAUGUGGCCCUGUUUCUCUCUUUCUGUGUGGCUGCUGGUUGGAGCAGGCGACUCGUCGGUGGUAGAUGCAGACGGCAACAGCAGCAACGGGCCCCAAGAGUCGCCCUACCAAUUCGUCUUCACGCCGUCGUUGGUGUUUGGGGCUGAGGGGUCCGCCACUCUCUCGAAUCUCUUCAGCUCCCUUACCCAGCCUGGCGGAAGCAAACAAGACGGCAGUGAUGGGCUGGUGGUGGAGAUGCAGCCAGCUGAGACGACUGACAAGCGGAUCAUCCUGCGCACCACCGACCAGCUGCCCUCCUUCACACCCGAGAGCGUGUCGGCAUCCGGGCAGUCGAGGGCGUCCAGCAUCGAGGAGCCACACAUGACCAAGUGACAGGUGGUGAGGCUGGCUGGCUGGCUAUUCUGGAGUAUCCUUCCCUCUCUACCUUCACCCAUCUUUGCCACUUUUUACACCCGCUGCUGUUUUUGCGUGCUGUGCGGUUUUGUGGCAUGUCGGUCGGUCGGUGCGGUUCCCUCGAUCGGCCACCGGCACACAGCCCUGCCUGUUGAUGCAUAGAUGGAUGGGUGGUGUUUGUACAGUCAGUCCACAUUCGUGUGUGUGUGUGUGUGUGUGUGCGUCUGUGCGACCACCGUGUAAGUGUCGUGUGUGACGUCUGACGGUUCCAUGUGC